AUGGAGAAGCGGAUCAUAUCUGAUGCUUUGGAGUACAUUGUGUCUGAGCAUGGAGAGAAGGCUCCAAAUGUUGUUUAUAAAGGGAAACUGGAAAAUCAGAGGAGAAUUGCUGUUAAGCGCUUCAAUAGGAUGGCCUGGCCUGAUGCUCGGCAGAGGAAGCAAGAUUGGUUGGUCAGCUCCGCAACCAGAGAUUGGUCAAUUUGCUUGGUUGCUGUUGUGAAGAUGAUGAGAGGGGAAACACAGCCUAUGAAAUGGGCAAUGCGAUUGAGGGUUGUUUUACAUCUCGCACAGGCUCUAGAGUACUGCACAAGCAAAGGGCGUGCCCUUUAUCAUGACCUUAAUGCUUACAGAAUUUUAUUUGAUGAGGAUGGAAAUCCUAGAAUAUCUACCUUUGGCCUCAUGAAAAAUAGUAGGGAUGGGAAGAGUUAUAGUACAAAUCUGGCAUUUACUCCUCCUGAAUAUCUUAGAACUGGAGUUCAAUAUGGAAAUGUCGGUGCUGAGACAAUUACUCUUGAUGUGGAUGCAGUUCAGCAAUUAUUGUACACUGAACAGGCAUACUCCUUUUGA